CCAGUAUCGGGAAAUGUCGUAAAUUCACAUCUCUUCCGCCGCGCAGGCAUUUAAAGAAGCAGCACAGCAGACAGUCAGUUGACUCAUCAAGAUAAAUAAGAGACUCGACAAAAAAAAGUAGUUAACACCACUCAACAAUGUCAACAGCAGGUCAGGUCAUCCGAUGCAAAGCAGCUGUUGCAUGGGAGCCCAGGAAGCCUCUGUCCAUUGAGGAUGUGGAGGUGGCCCCACCUAAAGUCCACGAAGUCCGCGUCAAGAUAGUUGCCACAGGUGUGUGCCACACAGACCGGGAGUACCUGUAUGAAGCUGGAAAAGGAAUGAAGUUCAGACCAUUCCCGUUAGUUCUCGGCCAUGAAGCAGCAGGGAUAGUGGAGAGUGUUGGUCCUGAAGUCACCAAAUUCUCACCAGGCGACAAAGUUAUUCCUCUUUUUCUGCCACAGUGUGGGGAAUGUAAACGGUGUCACAGUCCCAAAACCAAUCAGUGCAGGAAGAACUGGGCAAAUACACAAGUGGGCGUAUUGGCUGAUGGAACAAGCAGGAUAUCCUGCAAGGGGCAGCAGGUGUACCAGUUCCUUGGCGUCAGUUCUUUCUCUCAGUACACUGUGGUUCCCGACACCUCACUUGCAAAAAUAAGAAGCGAUGCACCGCUAAACAAAGUGUGUCUACUAGGCUGUGGUGUCUCCACUGGUUAUGGUGCUGUUCUUAAUACAGGCAAGGUGGAAAAAGAUUCCUCGUGUGCCGUGUUUGGGCUCGGAGCUGUCGGACUGGCAGCCGUCAUGGGCUGCAAGGUUGCCGGGGCAACCAGGAUCAUCGGUGUGGAUAUCAACACUGCAAAGUUUGAGAAAGCCAAGGAGUUUGGUGCCACUGAAUGUGUCGACCCCAAAAAAUUUAGCAAGCCCAUUCAGGAGGUUCUGGUAGAGAUGACAGACGGAGGAGUGGACUACGCUCUGGAGUGUGUUGGAAGUCCAGGUGUUAUGAGUGCUGCGCUUGAGUCUACGGUGGAUGCCUGGGGCACCUGUGUCAUUGUUGGGUGGACGGAGACGGAAGCAAUGAGCGUCGUGGUUGAAAAUAUCCUGAUAGGACGCACCUUGAAGGGGACUUAUUUUGGAGGUUGGAAGAGUGUGGAGGAUGUGCCUAAACUGGUGGACGACUACAUGAACAAAAAGCUGAAGCUGGAUGAGUUUAUCACCAACAACCUCCCGCUGGAUCAAAUCAAUGUGGCCUUUGACGAUAUGAAAAGUGGUAACGGCAUCCGUACCGUCAUCAGUCUGUAUCCAGAGGAGGCUAGUGGCUACUCAUAAGAUGAAGAAUUUACAUGUUAUGUCAUUGUAAUGACGUUUUGCACACAACUCUGCAGUGUAUUUGUGAACAUCUCGAUGCUCUCUUUCUAAAAAGAUGUUGACAAUUUAAAUGUUUUCCUUGCUUGCCAACUGUCCAUAUUGGCCACUAGAUGGCAGUCUUAUAUCAGUCUUAAGCUUCUGCAUUUGUGUCCAUGAAUUCCAUUUAGCUUUAUAAAGUUGCUUAUAUCUGCAACGGAUUCUGUAUUUUUAUUCAUAUUAACUUCUGAGGUCGUUUGUUCUUGUUUAUCACACACUUGAUCAAAAGGGAGAAACACCACAGAAUGUCCAGUGCAUUUGUGUGAAACAAUACCGAAUGAAGUAAAAAAAAAAAAAAACUCAUCGACACGAACACCUAAGACCUAGUCUCUCUCUACAUCUGUCAUAUUUGGCAGCUAUACAGGGAUUCUGGUCCUGAUAUCAAUGUGAAAUGAUAGUUGAAAUUACAUACCCUUGUAUAGAAGAUGGGGUAAAAGACAGAGGAAACAAAUGGCUGAAUCUGUCAUCCAUAGGACAAGUAUCUGCUUCAUGUGGUCAGGCUUACCAAAUCUCGUCCUUGGUAAUAUUAUAUAUUGAUUUAAUGGUUAGAAGGGCUAAAAUAACAGUUGUGGGCUGUCAGUACAGAAGACAAAAGGUUGUUUGGGGAAUGCCUCUCGGAGAAGAACCGAAAUAGCUGUCGGAGGAAUUUGUUUUAUUGAAGUUCCAUUCAGAUCAAAUGAAUACCCUUGGCAGUUCCCCCUACUUUUCCAUCUUUAUUUAAAAUGGAAAAUAAAUUGGUGCUCUUCUGCUUAUGUUGGUCUCAUCUGCCAGUAUGCUAUCAAUCACAGAUCACACAGUUUAGACGCCCCUUCAUCCUCCCAAAGAAUCUUAAAGUAAAGAACGUUUUUAAGAAAUAGAAAGCAGAAUACUGCUUUCUAUUUCUCUGCAGAGAAUGGAGAUAGAAAAGGAGGGAGAUCAAAGACAGAGGAAGACAACUUUUGACAGGUGGUUAUGUGACUGGGCAUCCUAUUAUAUAAAUGUUAGACAUGCUCACAGAGUUCUAAGGCUUUCUUGGGGACGUGUAUGCCUCAUCUAUGGUAAAACUAUCCAAAGUGACGACCAUAAGUCUCUUACCUUUUUUCCUCUGGAAUUGUCACAGCUAUGUGCAACUAAUACAGGGAGGACAUGCUAUCUGAAUUACAACCACAGCAUUGUACACAUUUUUGAAAGUCUAAACUGUCUGCCUUAUCAUGUUUCACAUGCACCUGUGCAACGUUUCUGCAGAUAUCUUCCGUAUAGGAAACUUUGGCAUAAAGUGGAAUAGAAAUAGAGACCGCUAGCAUUUCUAAAUGGAUAUAUUUUUUUAUUUAUUUUGAUUUCUAUGCUAAUCUGUUUUUCCCUCUGACUGUCGUUACAACUCUUUCAAGCAUGAGUCUGCAUGGAGAUAAUUGACGAACAGAAAUGCCAGAUGAGGUAAAUGCCGUCACACAAAUAAAAGCAUGUCUGGAAAGAAAUGUCAAAAGGUGCCGCCUUGCCUUCAAGAGAUUUCCUCUUAUUUACUAGGCUAUAUUCCUGUGUGACAGAUGGCACAUUAAAUAUGAUGAGAACAUAAAAACUGUCGAUAAUAAAAAACCCUAUUUGAACAAA